AUGAUUUCUGAAAAUUCUAAAAAAGAUUGCUACUAUUUUGCUUCGCUAGAAGAGGAUAUAACUAAUGAGAAUUUUACUGAGAGUAGUAAUCGUUUCUCAAAAAAGCUUUGCUUGGAGAAUAGCAAUAUACAAGCAAAAAGUUUUGAAGAAACUAAAGAGCUUGUUAAUAUUCAAAAUAUUCCAUUUCCUAAUGGUACUGUUAAGAUUACAGCUGUAAAGGGCUAUAAAAGAACAGAACAUGAUAUAACAAUUGAAGACGUAUUUCAAAAAGAAAGUUUAAAAGCAGCAGUUUUAUCUGCUUUCGUCAUUGAUCCAUUAUGGGUACUUACAAAAAUACAAUUGUUUAACACAAUAAUUAUUUUUGUUCAUCAGGCUAAAUCAGAUGAAGAGGAAGUUAUUAAUAGAUUAUAUCUUCAUAUUCCAAAUGUUUCUGCUAUUUUUCCGCCUAUGGAAGGCGCCAAUUGUAUGCAUUGUAAAUUACAGCUUUUAUUUUACACCACGUAUUUGCGUGUGGUUAUUCCAAGUGCUAAUUUGGUUGAUUAUGAUUGGGGAGAGACUGGUACAAUGGAGAAUAGCAUGUAUAUUCAAGAUUUUCCUCGGAGAAUAACUGUAUUUACAGGAUUUUCUACUGAUUUUGAAAGAGAUAUAUUUCAUUAUUGUAAAAUUAAAAACUAUCCUCAGCAUGUUCUUGAAAAAAUGAAAAAUUAUGACUUUUCGUUGAGUAAAAAUUUACAGUUUAUUCAUUCAAUACCAUUAAAAGCACAAAAAAAUAGCGAUUUAAAGGAUACAGGUUAUGUAUCUUUGGCUAAAGCUAUACAGCAACUUGGAAAAAGACAUGAAAAUGAUAUAAAGAUAGAUAUUAUGACAUCAUCUUUAGGAUUAUUGAAUUCAACAUUCUUAUCUAAUAUGUAUUUAGCAUUAAAAGGCAGUAAAGUAGUUGCUUCUCGUAAUACAGAUAUUCAAGCUUGGAAAACUUCUAUGAAGAUCCAUUUUCCAAGCAUGAAUACUGUUUUAUCCAGUAAUGGUGGCGAAGAAUCUGCAGGCACUAUAUGUUUUCAAAAGCGAUUUUGGGAAUAUUUAAAAUUUCCAAAAAGCAUUUUAUAUGAUAGUACAGCUGUUCAUGUAGGUUGUCUAAUGCAUCAUAAAAUUAUUCUUGUAAGAAAUCAGACAUCUACAUCUGAUUUUUUUUAUAUUGGCUCAGCAAAUUUUUCUUCUUCUGCAUGGGGGGUAUUGACACGGCUAAAUUCGAAAAAUCCUGUUAUUUUAUGCAGAAAUUGGGAAUGCGGUGUAAUUUUAUCAUUAAAUGAUCAUUAUUCUUGUAUUAUUGAAGCUAUUCUUAGCGAAACAAGUUCAUUACCUAAUUCAACACCAUGGAUUUCCAAUUUAUGA